AUGAAUUCUCAUGUCCCCGGGUCCGACUCUAGCUUAACUGGGUCCAAACGAUCGUCACGGCAUCGACGCGUGCAGCCUACUUCCACACGCACUACUGCAACGACAAGCAUUCAACAACAACAAAAUCCGAAAAAGAAGAAACAACGCAACACAUGUUUUGGCUGGAUCAGUAGUCUUUUCACGCAUAAAGCACCUACAUCGGCGCGAGGACAGCGCUACGGUUUCUCACAAAACGAUGCUGACGAUCAUGCAAAAGCGGUUCCGUCCGAUUAUGCUGAAGCAGAAAAAGAAGAGAAAAGACAACACGAAGAAAUGCAGUAUGCCUCAAAAACAGGAACAGAGAAAAAGGAAAAGAAGCAGCGACGGCGUGAUCGAAUCAAGGAUAGUGCGAGUCGAAGAGCACAGCAUAUCAUUCAAAGUGUUAAUUUCGGUGACAAGAACUUUGCGUCUCAAUGGAUGCGUGACUCUUUUGACGACGUUGCGAUAUCGCAUCCGGCAUUUGACCGUCUGAUUAGUUUGGUUGUCAGCAGUCAGACACGCGCACUAGUGCGGUCCAUCAUGAAACUUGCAAAUGCAUUUGGUCAAGGAUUCAAAGUGACGAGUUUCCGGUUACUGAAAGCCAUGAUUAUUCUCGAACGUUAUUAUAAAUCACUUCCCAGGCCUCCACCUAGUCGAGAAAUCAAAGACCGAGAAUUGAUGGAUGAAGCAUGUCAUUAUUUUGACUAUGCGCUCAUGGCAUACGGUUGGCGAGGUCUUUGCUAUCUAGGAUCGUAUGGCCAAUAUAUGCGCGAAGCACGGCAUCCACGCUCCAACAGACUGGCUAUCAUGCGAUUUUUGAAAUUGCACCCAGAAGAUCUUCUCGGUUACGAGUACGGUUUGCGAAAAGGCGCUGUGUUUCAGCCAAGUUACUUUGUUGCGAUUGAUCGAUCCAGAAAAGCGAUUGUACUGAGUAUUCGUGGCACUUGGAGUCUCUACGAUGCAAUUACGGAUCUUGUAUGCGAAUACAAACCGUUUAAAGGCGGUCUUGUGCAUGCUGGCAUGCUCGCCUCGGCCCAGUGGUUCUAUACCAACAUCAUCCCACAAAUUUUCCGUUACAUUCAUCACCACAGCAACGAGCUUUCAUCCUUUAUCAUCACGGGCCAUUCCUUGGGCGGCGGCGCAGCUAGUUUAUUAACCAUGCUCGUAUCUGAACAAAUCGCCGUCUUACGCCGACUCUCCAACAAUCCUAAUUUCCAAUUACAUUGCUACAGCUAUGCACCUGUUGCACUGAGCUCACGCGAACUCAACCACAAAUACGACAAGUAUAUACACAGUUUCAUCUGCCAAGACGAUAUUGUCGGUCGGAUGUCAUAUGGUACAGCCAUGGAGUUAAAGGAGUUGAUCAUGGAUACGAUCAGUGCGUAUGAGACGCUCGGAGGAUGGCAUAAAGUCAUGACAGAUCCAGCGACACGGAAAGUUUGCUUUGAGAUCCUUACACGAUGUCGUGAUAGGAUUUAUCAUAGUGUGGAUCAGUUAUAUCCUCUGGUAUGUUCUUUUAACAGUGUGUUUCUGUGA